AAGAACAAAUGAUUUACUCUUCCCCUGAUCUUCAAAUGAGCAAUGGUAGAAAUGAGUUAACUAGUGUUCAAAGCUUGGCUCUUGAUCAAAGUCCCACUCUUGAAAAUUUUAACACAAUAGUUAGUGAAAAUCAGAACAGUUGUGAUGCAGUAGAGGCAAGCAAAAGUGAUUCUGUGAAUAUUUAUUCUAUCAAUAUAAAAGAUCUUAAGUUUCCUCCAAAGAUUAAGUCGCGAGGAAGGCCUAAAGCUACAGAGAAAAAAACUGCAAUGGGUGCAUGUAGAUGGAAAAAAAAGUGUUUGUCUUAUAUUGAUAAAAGUGUAGCAGGAAAAAUAAAUGUUCUUCUGGGUGGUAUUCUCUUAAAUGGAAAAGUUGAGGAUAUUACUCGUGCAAUGCAAGCAGAUGUUGGUGAUUUAGAAUUAAAGGCUGGCAAUCUCCCUUCUGCAUUUCUCAAUGACGCUGCAUCAAUACAUAUUUUAAAACCAUAUUUAACCAGUUUGGCCUGGAAUAGGCUGAAGAAAGCAAUUUUGCAACAAAAGCAACUGGCGAAAUGGAAUUGUCCGUUUUGCACUUUAAAUACAGCUUCCAGUGAAAGCAUUGAAUGUGAUAACUGUUUAGAGUGGUAUCAUUUCAAAUGUGUUUCCAUUUCAAAGAAACCAAAGAAGGAAUGGUUUUGUGACAAAUGUCAUAAUAUAUUAAAUGAAAGUAAUAAGAAAGGAAAUUUAAAAAAAUCUGCAUAUAUAGUUUAAAAAAAAAUAA